AUAUAUAUAUAUAUAUAUAUAUAUCUUUAUAUGACCAAUUUACUCAUCUCUUUUUAUUUUCUACAUUAAAAAAGUUCGUUCAGUAUACCUUUUAUUAUUUAAACUAUACGUAGCGGAAGUCACACUAUCCAUAUCUCAAUCACUGUCUACUAGUGGCAGUUUUUAUAUUUUUUUUUCAUUUUCCACCAAAUCCUUAAUUUCAUAUAAAAUUACUAAUUUAUUCACUAAUUUUCAAACCCAUUAAUAUCAUUCUUGUACAUAUAUAUAUAUUCCCAUCUAACAAUGACAAAGUCUAAAAAACAAAAAAAAUUAUCAAUGUAUAUAGGUUUAAUACUAUGUAUCAAUCUAUGGUUUUUAAUUUAUACAUUUUAUAAUCAAAUCAAUUAUAAAUUGCCCACGUUAUCGAUAAAAUCUCAAUCCCAUAGUGAAUUUGAUGAACUAAAUAUAGACAACAAUUAUUCAUUUGAAAGUCAAGUCCAACAUGAUAUCAAUAAUGAUCAAUAUAAACCAUUAAAUAAAUCAAUCUUACAAAAUUUGGUGGUGGAAUUAUAUAUGAAGCAAGAAAAUUUACUGGAUAAAAGAAAGAUUCGAGAUAUUUUUUCUAGUAAUUAUGAAUUUAUCUUUGAUAAUCAUAAACCAGAAUCAAUCAUUGGGAAUUUAAAUUUCAAUCAACGAUGUGAUUUAUAUUUUGAAAAUUUAUAUAUUAAUGAUCAUAAUUGGAUGGUUAAUCCUAAUGAACAUUUACCUAUGAUUGAUAGAUUUGAAUUUGACUUUGAAUCUUGGAAAGUUAAAAAACGUACCCAAUUAAAAUAUCAAUUUAUGAAAGAAAAUAAUAUUGGUAGAGAGAAAGAUGUUAAUAAUGAUCUGUUGGAUGAUUUUAUUUGGCUUCAAUAUACUCGAUUUUGGAGAAAUAAUUUAAAACUUGAACAAAAAAUCAUGGAUAAUUUAAGUCAUUUAAGAAUCUUUAAUAAAUGUUAUAUUUCAAAUGAUGGAGAUCAAUUUAAUCAAAAUUCAAAAUUUAUAUCGCAUCAACAAGAUUUUUCAAAAAAGAUAAAAUCUUUAAAACUUGAUGAUACAUCUUCCAAAUCAAAACGAAAUGAUUUUGGUACACAAUUCAUCUCUACUAAAAGAGAAAAUUCAUUAUCAACUGAGACAUUUCAUGAUUGUGCUGAUUUGGAACAACGAUUAUAUCCAUGGUUAUCAUUCCAUUAUCCAGUUUAUGAACAUUGGACGGGAGAAAUAAUCAUGUCACCCCCAAUUAUCGAUGCUAAAUCUCAAAAUUUAAAAGAUAAUCUUCAUACUCCACCUAUCAAAUCAAAAUUAACUAAUUCAAAAUCAUGUUUUUUAAAUAAAUUCAAACAUAAUCUGAAUGGGAAAGGGAUAGUCUUAACCAUUAAUGAUAGUCAUCUUGAAGAUACCAUUCAUUUAAUUCAUUUAUUACGAGCUCUUAAUAAUAAAUAUCCCAUUGAAAUUGUUUAUUAUGAAAAAAUCUCCCCUUAUACCAAACGUCAAAUAGUUAUGGCAGCUCGAGAACAAAUUAGUUCCUUACCAAAAUCAUUUAAUAAUGUAAGUCAUUUAUUCCCGGAAGAUUAUUUAAAUAUUAAAGAUAAGGGAUUACCUAAACAAGAUAUUUGGUUUGUUAAUGUUCGUAAUGUGAUUCAUCAAAAUUAUCUUGAUAAAUUUAGUGUAUGGGGGAAUAAAUUUUUAGCUACAUUAUUUAAUUCAUUUGAAGAAUUUAUUUUAUUAGAUGCUGAUGCCGUAUUAGUUAAAAAUCCCGAUUAUUUUUUUAAUUUACCCGAAUUUAAAGAUAUGGGAGCAUAUUUUUAUAAAGAUCGUUCAGCAGCAGAAUUUAGACCUUCAUCAGAUUCAUAUUUUUUUAAAAAAUUAGCUCCUUCAUUAAUUGAUAAUUUUAUGUUUGAUAUUCCAGUUAUAACUGAAAAACUGUUAAAUAUUAAUUUUUUUGAUGGUAUGGUUCAUUAUAUGGAAUCAGGUGUUGUUGUGAUUAAUAAAGUUAAACAUAUGAAUUCAAUUUUAUUAUUACCUCAAUUAUAUUUUAUGGAACCAGUUAGAUUAAGAAGUUAUGGUGAUAAAGAAUUAUUUUGGUUAUCAUUUGUUAUAAAUGGAGAUGAAAAUUUCCAUUUUAAUAAAUAUCAUGCUGCAUCUAUAGGAGAAAUUAAUCAAAAUAGAGUUAAAUCCAAUGGGGAAUCAUUUAAAUCUCAAGAAUUAUGUGCCGCCCAUCCUGCUCAUAUUGAUGGUAAUGAUAAUUCAUUAGUAUGGUUUAAUUCAGGAUUUCAUUUUUGUGGACAACAUAAGGCAAUUGAUUAUGUUAAUGAAUUAAUUAGUACGGUUGAUAAAUUUCAAUUUUUAAAAUCAACAGAUGAAGUGAAAUCAUAUUAUUAUAAUCCAUUAAAUAUUAAACAUGCUAUUGUUCCUCCAUUUUUGGAUAAACUUAAGACCUAUUGUCCCAAUGAAGAAGAAGAGCCAAGUAAAGCAUGGACAAUGGAAAGAAAUUUAUGUAAUAGUUAUCUUUGGUGUGCUUAUAGUAGUAUUGGAGGGGAAGACAAUCGACAAGAAGGGACGAUUAUUGAAUUUGAUGAAGAUAAUCAACGAUUAUAUGAAUAUUAUGGGGAUAUUUGGGUAGGAAAUGAAUGAAUGAAUGAAUGAAUGAUUCUAGUAUAUAGUAAUAAGUUUAUUUAUGAAUUAAUAUAAGAAAAAUAGACAAAUAAUA